AUGCGCCGACUCGGCAGGGACCCGUGUCGACCCGUCCUCGCCUUCCUUGUCCUCCUCCUCGCCUUCUUCCCGCCGGCUCUCGCCGACAAGGCGCCGGUCCUCGACUCGACGCGCUUCCACCUCGUCAAGGUCAAGAACCACCUCGAGCAGUCGCAGCGGCCGCACUGGUCGCACCGGGCGCCGGGCACCAAGCGCCAGACGCCGGUUCAAGGGCUGCUCUGCUCGUUGGGCAUCACCGCCGCGUGCGAGGGCAACCCUGGGCCAGCUAUCGACACGGGGUCCGAUCCUCACAACUGCGGCACCAUCGGCAACGUCUGCCCGUCCGCCCUCGCCAACGCGGUCGGCCCUGUCGCCUGUCAGCUGGGCCAGUGCGUCUCGAGCUGCACCCUCGGCUACUCGUGGGACGUCGCGACCUCGUCCUGCGUCAACACGGCGACCGACUCGCGCAACUGCGGCAGCGUCGGGCGCAUCUGCUCGAUGCCGACCGGCGCCACCGACGUGACGUGCAUCGCGGGCUUUUGUCUCGCGACGAGGUGCGCCGCCGGGUACAGCUACCGCGGCGGAGCUUGCGCCGUCGUCCCGUUCGCGGCCGACGCGAGCAACUGCGGCCGAGCCGGGCUCGUCUGCCCUUCGUCGUUCGAGAACGGUCGAGGGAGCGUGUGCGUCGACGGGAGCUGCAGGGCUGAGGUGUGCGACGAGGGCUAUGUGUGGGACGACGAGGCGGGCGAGUGCGCGAGGGCGGAACGAGACGACGGCUGGUGCGUCCCUCGCGAUUCUCUCUCUCUCCCUCUCUCGCUCACCCGACACAGCGUCUGA